AUAGUCUGAUGUUCAAGAAUCAGAAGCCAAGAGUAACUCUUCAAUCAAACCACUUUGCUUGGAAUAGCAGGCUGUGUAUCACAUCUGCAUCUGAGUUCAAACUUCUAAAGUCACCACUUCACAAGGAAAGGAGGAAUCCCAAAGAAUUAGAGAAGCAAAGGAGAGUGAAGCAGAAACUGAAAUCCUGUGAAACAAUCAAUCGAGUUUCAGCCAUGGCUUCAUUCCCAGUGAUGUGUUUUCUCCUCAUUCUCUUGUUACCAUCAAUGUUCACUGAAGGAGUGGUUCUGAAAAAGGAUCAGGAAGAACUCAUUGACUCAGAAGAUGAAUCAAUUAUCUUGAUUAGCUGCCAAUAUAUACAAGAAUUCUUAAAGAAUGCUGGGGAAAUAUUAUUUUACUCCAAUGACAAAGAAGUAAUGUUUGAAAAGAUAAUUGAUAGGGAUUUCUUUUUUUUUGUGUUUGUAUGAGUAGAACUUAUGCAGUGCCUUAAAUAUCCAAAAACUAGGUUGUUACUCCAAGUAAUGGACCCAGUGAGAUUCAUUAAUAUGACCCAAUCAAGGGAAUUUUGUUAGGUAACAAUAACAAAACUUUCCACUCUCAUUCAAAUCUGUUUUGGCAAAAAUUUGAAAUUAGUGACUUCUAAAUUUAUUUCCAAAUAAAAUAUUGGCUCCUAGUGUUCUAAAUACUGUGUCAACUAUUAUAUUCUGCAUUAGGGCUAUAUCCUCUUUACUUAUCCACACAAACAAACAAUCAAUGGAGGGUUGUAAAUACAUUCCAUAUACUACGAAAAUUACUCAUUCCAUGUCAAGGUAGAAAAAAUCUAAAUAAUGUAUGAAGUAGAAGGAAGUUUGGAAUUAUCAUCACUUCAAUAUUAACCCCCUAACCUCCUUUUUCUUAAAUAAGUGAGUUUCAACCUUUAUAAUGCUACAACCUUCUACUAACGUUUUUCAUGUGGUGACAAAAAAUAUAAAUAUUUUCAUUUUUUCUUCAUAAAUGUACAUUUAUAUUUUUAUAAAUUAUAAUGUUAACAUGUAAUAUUCACAAUAUGUGAUUGUUAACCCUUAUGAAAUAGUCAUUUUACCCCAAAGGUUUUACUACUGACAGUUUGAGACCCUUUGCCUUAAGUACACAUGUCACUUGUGGGUAGGAUUCCAAGAGGAAUCAUCUUGGGUCCCUCACUCAUCCUUUCUUUAAUCUGUUCAGGCUCAAGUGAAAAUCCACUUUGCUUCACUCUAUGAAUCUUUAUGAGUAUACACUACUAACUAUCAUCCUUUUCUUUAAGUCUUUUAUGUUAUUCUUUGGAGAUUUCCAGCAAGUAUGUGAAUAGAUUUUGAACAGACUCACUUUUUGGGCUCUCUUGUUUUCAUCCAUCUCCCUUGAGCAUAUUAUUUUUUCUCAAUAAAUGCUUUCUGGACA